CACCCUGCCUGGUGCAAUUCAUCACCACGCCAACUCAAUCCGAUUCAGUUCGUUUACCAUUCCACAGCCUUUUGUUGUCUACACAGAUAGACACCCACCAGCAUCAAAAUGGCGUGCCCCAUUACCGUUUCCAAGUUUGUGGGAACCGUCUCCCUGGGCCUGCUCACGGGCAUCUCGUACUCCGCCUCGACGAUCGCCAUCCCCGCGCUGGCCCAACUCCCGACCUCGGCGACCGGCUCGCGCUCGCUGAGCGAGAUCAAACGCCUGAACCGCAAGCACGGCAUCCGGCUCACCAACAUCGCCAACGGGUGCCUGCUGUUCGCGUACAGCAUCUCUCCGCGCCACCGCAAACACCCCUAUCUGAUCUGGAUGUGCGUCGCCUCGACCAUCGGCACCUACGGCAUGGACUUCUGGUUCCACCGCCAGGCGGGCGUCAAGGCCUGGUUUCAGGCGGUGCUGCACGACACCGGGUUCUGGACGCAGGCGGCCGCUCCCAAGCAGCAGAAGAAGGAGGAGGAUCUGGUGGUGGUCGAGGCGGAGGAGAACGGCGAGAGCGUGCAGACGGAGAUGAAUACGGAACGGCGGCUGCAGCAGGUGCGCGCGGUCUUCUCGGGGCUGGCGUUGGCGAUGGGGAUCGUUGGCCUCUGGGGUGAUCGUCGGUCUUAAGGGCUGACUUUGUCCGGGAUCCUUCGCCUCUUCUAAACAUGGUGGCUCGGUAUAACGUGCGCUGCGACGGCUCCUCUCUGUUCUUGGCUCUUGGCGU